AUGUUCGCGCUGCAAUCGUGGAAACCAAAAAAUAAACAGGAUAAAGCGGAAAGUGGAGUUUUCAAUGCAAUUAUAGAUAUGUUUAACGAGUCUGUGAGUGUUGAAACAUUAUUCGAAUAUAUCCCCAGAAAACGGCUUAAAAAUUCGAAAAUCUUGGCUAGUGGCAGUUUUAGUACCAUAUAUACAGCAGAAUGGCUAGAUGGUGAAAUUGAAAAUGUGGAUUUUGUUAAAAAUAGCAUUAAAAGAAAAGGUCCGCAACAUGUUGCGUUAAAGACCUUACCAAUAGACGAGAAAAAAACUAAUGAGUUGUUUAGAUCAUAUUAUGCCAACUUGUGCGGAUUUGACGCAAAAAUUUUUGGAGUAUCGUCAUUUUUUGAAUCUUCAUUCACUUGCUUUAUGGUCAUGAAAUUAUAUGAAGUCGAUGCGCGAUCGUUAAUUGCUCGUGAUUAUUGGAGUCUUUUAUGGGUAUCGAGAUUUUCAUUUAUAUUUCAGAUCAGUAAGGAGCUUACAAUUAUGCAUGAUAAAGGAUUUAUACAUGGCGACUUACAUUCAGGCAAUAUACUUUGUGACGAACUUGGACCUACGAUUGCUGACCUUGGUUUUUCAUAUAGUUUAUUAACCAAUGAUAAAAUUAAAGGUCCCAUUUAUG